CCGGAAGUGAAAGGAACAGCAGACACGCCGCACGGCAGCAGCGCAGCACGCUGACGUUUGUGCACUUUCUCCAGCCGCCGCGAGACGCUCGAACGCCGCCGAGGGAGACGAAGCUCGUGAGAAUAAGAUGGUAGGAAGCCGCGCGAGGCGGCCACACAGGAGCGCAGCCCGAGACCGCGUGCGCGCGAGCUAACCCGCCGACGGCCUGCCGGUCUGUCGCCGCCGUCAUGGACGAGGAGGCCCUGCUGGGGCUCGACCCCAACGCCGACGCCCCCUACCGCCAGAGGGCGAUGGCGUACUUCGAGCAGCUCAAGGAGUCGCAGGACGCAUGGGAGGUGUGUGCGCAGGCCCUCGCCAAAGGACUCUACAGUGAUGACCACGUCAAGUUUUUUUGCUUCCAAGUUUUGGAGCAUCAGAUCAAGUUCAGACACGCGGCGCUGAGCGGCGGCCAGCGGCAGCUGAUCCGAGAGACGCUGAUGAAGUGGCUUCAGAAUCAGCUGGCGAGGACGCACCCCGAGAAGAUCUUCGUCCGCAACAAAGCGGCGCAGGUGCUGGCGCUGACCUUCGUGACGGAGUACCCGGCGCUGUGGCCCGAGUUCUUCUUCGACGUCCUGGCGCUGAUCGGCCUCAACCCGCACGGCGUGGACAUGUACCUGCGCACGCUCAUGGCCGUGGACGGCGAGGUGGUCGACCGAGACGUCCUGCACGCGCCCGAGGUACGCCGCGCCGCGCCGCUCCUCCCGACUUUUACUCGGACCCCGGAUAUCAGCCGUAUGCUGGGAGGUUUCAAAAAAACAAAUCUGGGCCGAUAUCGCGUCUACCGAACGGACGGGCCCAAACGGGUUUGUGUCCAGGAGACGCGGCGCAACACGCUGAUCAAGGACGCCAUGCGGGAGCAGUGCAUCCCCGGCCUGGUGGAGUCCUGGUUCCAGAUCCUGCACACGUACCAGCUGAGCCACCCCGAGCUCACCUGCCAGUGCCUGGAGGUGGUGGGCGCCUACGUGUCCUGGAUCGACCUCGGCCUCAUCGCCAACGAACGGUUCGUGGAGCUGCUGCUGGGCCACAUGUCGGUGGAGGAGCUGCGCGAGGAGGCCUGCGACUGCCUGCUGGAGAUCGUCAACAAGGGCAUGGACCCCGUGGACAAAACCCGGCUGGUGGAGUCGCUCUGCCGGCUCCUGCGGACGGCCGGCUUCUUCUACGUCGAGCAGGAGGAGGACGUGGACUUCCUGGCCAAGUUGUCGCGGCUGGUGAACGGCAUGGGCCAGAGUUUGGUCCUGAGCUGGACCAAGCUGGCCAAGGCGGGCAGCGCCGAGGACGCGGGCGCGGCGCUGGACGCGCUGGAGGCCAAAGUGGCGCCGGCGCUGCGCCUCCUCGCGCACCCCGACGACGACAUCUCGGCCAACGUGGUGGCCUUCUGCUACGAGUACCUGCACGUCCUCAAACAGCUGCCGGAGCUCAGCGACGGCCAGAAGAGCAACGUGGAGGCGAUCAUGCUGGCCGUCGUCAAGAAGUUGGCGUACGACGACGAGUACAACUUUGACAACGAGGGCGAGGACGAGGCCAUGUUCGUGGAGUACAGGAAGCAGCUGAAGAUGCUCCUGGACCGUCUGGCGCAGGUCGCCCCCGAGCUGGUCCUGGAGGCCGUCCGCGGAGUCUUCGGCGACGCCAUGCGGAAGUGGCGGAGCGCGCCCUUCGCGGAGGUGGAGGUGGCCGUCCGGCUGCUCUACAUGCUGGGGGAGGCUCUGCCCGCCUCGCACGGGGCGCACUUCUCGGGGGACGCCGUCAAGACCGGAGCGCUGCGGGACAUGAUGAGGACGUUGGUGACGUGCGGCGUGAGCGGCUACCGACACACGUCGGUCACGCUGGACUUUUUCGAGACGGUCGUCCGAUACGACAGAUUCUUCAUCGUGGAGCCGCAGCACAUUCCCGACGUUCUGAUGGCUUUUCUGGACCAGCGAGGACUGAGACACAACAGUCCCAAAGUGCGCAGUCGAGCGGCCUACCUUUUCUCUCGCUUCAUCAAGACACUGCACAAACACGUGACGCCGUUCACGGAGGACAUCCUGACCCGGAUCCAGGACCUCGUGGAGCCGGCCCCUCCCGACAAGGCCUCGUCGGCGCCGCUGACGGCCGACGACCAGCUGUUCGUGUUCGAGGCGGCGGGCGUGCUGAUCGUGAGCGGCGAGAGCGCCCCCGAGAGGAAGGAGGCGCUGAUGCGCGGCCUGCUGGCGCCGCCGGUGGCCGCCUUCCGCCCGCUGCUGGACAAACUCGCCGCCGAGACGGACGAGGAGGCGCAGGCGGCCGUCGCCGACUGCCUGAGCCACGCCGUCGGCUUCGUCAGCCGCACCAGCAAGGCGUUCAGCAACAAGCAGACGGUGAAGCAGUGCGGCUGCAUCGAGGUCUACCGCGACUGCCUGCGCGCCUUCCUGCCGGCGCUGGGCUGCCCCGUCCAGCGGGGGGCGCUGCGAGGCUGCGUGCGCUCCUUCCUGCACCGCAUGAUCAUCUGCAUGGAGGAGGAGGUGCUGCCCUUCGUGCCCGCCGCCUCCGAGCACAUGCUGAAGGACUGCGAGGCCAAAGACCUGCAGGAGUUCAUCCCGCUCAUCAGCCAGAUCGCCGCCAAGUUCAAACGGCAAGUGUCCCCCUUCCUCCGGCAGAUCUUCAUGCCGCUGGUGCUGUCCGUCUUCGAGGCGCUGGCGCGGCCCGCCGACGCCGACGACCAGGCGGCCGCUCUGGAGAAGCAGAUGCUGCGCAGGAGCUACUUCUCCUUCGUCCAGACGGUGGCCGGCAGCGGCGCCGACGAGGUCCUGGCCGACCAGGGGGCGGAGAACGUGGAGCGGGUGGUGUUCACCGUCAUCCAGGGAGCCGUGGAGGUCCCCGACCCCGUGGCGCAGAAGACCUGCUUCGCCGUGCUCGCCAGGCUCGUGGAACUUUGGGGCGGCGAGGACGGCAUGUCCGGCUUCGGCGACUUCACGUACAAACACAUCGUUCCCGCCUGCUUUCUGGCUCCUCUCAAGCCGACCUUUGACCUUUCGGACGCUCAGACAACGCUGACUUUGUCGGAGGUGGCCGUGACGCUGAAGAGCAUCUACGACAAGCAGGGUCCGGAGCUGCUGGAGUUCCUGCGGCGAGACUACCUUCCGUCGCUUCGCGUGUGUCCGGACGUGGCGCAGGAACUUUGUCUCGUCCUGCAGCAGCCCGACGCCAAAGUCCUCAAGACCUACCUGAAGGUGUUCUUCCAGCGAGCCAGGCUGUAGCAGGUCAAAGGGCAAAGGAAGCGCGCGCCGACCCGGUGCGGGGUCAAAGGGAUGACUUGUCCGACCGGAUGACUUGUCCGCGUGAACUCUGAAACUUGCGGGAGCCGUGCGCAGACGACCCCCCCCCCCCCCCCCCCCUUCCCCAAAAGGGCUGAAACGUUUAUUAGGGUUUUUAUUUAAAAGUGCUGUUUAUGCAAAUGAGGCGUCCGUGCUCAGCUCCUCGUGUUGGCUUCGAGGACAAACAAGCAGCUGUAAAUAAGAUUGACAGCCCCUUUUUUUUUCCUCCAACCCGUCAACUUGUUUCGGUUGGCACAAAAAAAAAAAAAACGAAAUACAAUCACACAAAAACGCUGUCUUCGUUUCAUUUUUAAAAACCUAUUUUUCCACAAGCUUCCCUUCAGCCUGAAAGAAAAUAACAUCGAAGAAGAAAAAAGGUUGACUUCAACUGGUUUCAAAAAAAUUCAAGUCCACUUCCCUUUUGCUUGGAAUGAAAUCAAUUUUUUUCAAAAGAAAAGGUCCCCUUCCAUCAAAAUCCAGAUUGUUUUUCUACUCUGCUGCUAAAGGUCAAAAUGAGUCGGUGACCCGGUCGAGGUUUGCCGAUGGAACCCAAAAGCCUUGAACACACCGAAGCGCUCGCGAACGACAGGAUUUGAAGUCGCCGACGUCGCAAAGUAGUUUCGCCGGUUAACGUUCAACGGCCGCCGACACCAAAACCCAAGCUAGAAUAGCUUGAUAAAAGGACAUUCUGGGCAUUUUCGGCCCAAAUUCUCUCGCAAAGCCGAUAAAAGGGAAACUUGAAUGAUUUGUCCGUGCACGUUCAAACUCAUUCGCUGCCACUGACGGCUGCUGAAUUCAAAUAUUCCUGCGAAUGUGCAGGACUGGCAGUGAAUGAGCUUUGAAGGUUUCCACCAAAAAAUGGCAAAAGCUUAAACAUGAUGACAUGUCGCUUGUACGUCAGUGUUUGUCCAAGUUUUUAGUCACAUAUCAGUUGUGGUUUUUCGAUGAAAUCGGUUGAGUUUCUUUCCGGACGCCUUGUUUUUGCUCCGCUCCGAGUUGUCUUUCCCUCGGACGUUCGCUGUGAAAAGACGAGCCAAUAAAUUGGACAAGAUCACUUUGAAAAGUGACAUCAACAUGACAUUUUCAUCUUCUCUUCAGCAUUUAAGCGCAGCGCACGCAAUACUUUGGACUUUUUAAAAAUGAUUUUUAAGCUGCUGUCGAGAGGAAAGGUUGGCGUUCGUUAUUCUGGUUUUUUUCCGAAGACGCCGCCGCACAAAUCGUCCACGAUCGAUCGUCAUUGGAACUGGGAGAUUGUCAGCUUUCUUCGAGUCCGAGACGACCGGUUCCGCGAGGCGCCUCCACGCCUCUGGGGGCCGGAGUCCGGUCGGCGAUGACGUUUUGUCCGCCGGUUCUCCGGAGAACCCGUCCACAUCGAGCUCCGCGGGUCGUUCGGAAGGUGAGCGACGAGUCGUGCGGUGUCAGCGGGGGUCCUGCUCUCGGUCGCGUUUGCCGUCUUGGUGAAGGCGGUUGGCAAAAUGUAGAGGGGCGGGGCCACGGGCGCACCUCCUCCUGCGGCAGGCCGUCGGACUUUUGGCCGCCGACGCGGAGUCGCCGCGCGCGCACGUUCGGGAGGAGCGCGUCCGCGUGGACCCGGUGCACGUCGCCCGCCGGCCGCCCUCACCCCAGAGCC